AUGGAUAAGUCUUCAGGCAGGCUUUUCAAAAUUCAACCAGUACUGGAUUAUUUCCUCAUUAAAUUCAGGACAGUAUACAAACCAAAGCAACAGUUGACAUUGGAUGAGGGCGUGAUUCCAUGGAGAGGACGUCUAAGAUUUCGAACAUACAACCCUGCAAAAAUUGUAAAAUAUGGCCUGCUGGUGAGAAUGGUGUGUGAGAGUGACACAGGUUAUACUUGCAACAUGGAGAUUUAUACUGGUGAGGGGAAGAAAUUGGAGGAGACUAUUUAUUCAGUUCUUGCUCCCAAUCUUGGAUUGUGGCACCACGUAUACCAGGACAAUUAUUACAACAGUACUUCCAUUGCAAACCUGUUCCUGGAACAUGAAAAAAGAGUCUGUGGAACAAUCAGAGUGAAUAGAGGGUUGCCGCCAAGCCUAAAGUUUCAACAAUGA